AUGGUUGGUUCUAAGCGAAAACCCGGCAGUGAAAAAUGCUCAGAAGAAACCAUUAACAAGUGCAUUUCGAGCAUACGGAAGGGUGCAAUGACGUUGUACAAGGCCUGCAAAAUGUACGGAAGUCCUAUGUCCACAAUUCGAUACCGAAUAAGUGGCCGUAAAUGGUUUGGUGCUUUUUUAAGAAGAAAUCCUGGUCUUUCACUGCGUAAGCCGGAAGCGGUAACGACGGCCAGUAGUCGAGUCAGUAAAGAAGAUAUCCGUGGAUGGUUCACCAUGACUAAAGAUUGGUUACUGGAAAAUGGAUUCUUUGAUAUUAUGGAAGACCCAACUAGGAUCUACAAUGGCGAUGAAACUUCCUUCUAUCUUCAUCCAAAAACGAAAGAAGUUAUUGCUCGAACUGGGUCUCGUAACGUCUAUGAAGUACAACAAGCUCCUGGGAAACAAAAUGUUACGGUAAUGUUCUCCUUCAGUGCGGCCGGUGCGGUAGUUACUCCUCAAGUAAUCCUACCCGGAAAACGAAGGCGUAAAGAAGUAGCAGAAGGUUUUCCAAGCGAGUGGGCUAUAGGACUUAGUGAUUGUGGCUGGAUGGAUGUUGAUAAUUAUCGGUUUUACACCAAAAAAGUGUUUCAUCCCUUUCUUGUGCAGCAAGCUGUCAAAUUUCCCGUGGUUUUCUUUGUGGACGGCCACGCUUCCCAUAAAGCAAUGGAGGUCAAGAGUUGGAUAGGCAAGAUGGACGAAGUGGAACAAUAA